CCUGAGCUAUCUACCGUAAGUCCAAACCUAACUGAGGCUCAGCCAGAGUUUCCGAAGCAAGGGCCCAUGAGCACCUUUUAUUUAUCAAUAAACAAUUAUGUUAGUAACUCCCGACGAAAUUCCAUCUCCCUUUCCCUCUCUUGUUGCUCACACUCACAGCUUUAGCCUUUCAGCUUUCAAUUCACUGCCUCACUCUGUUUAUUGUAGGAAGUCGCUUCACUCAAUAAAAGGUCAUAACUAUUUCUUGAAACUUGGUAGUUUGUACAUUGAAAGAAUUUAAUGGCAGGCAAUGGCCUGUCAUCUCUGGGUCGUGUAAAGCUUACUGAUCUCACACCCUCUGAAGGCCUUCCUUCAGACUCUUACAAGCUAUCAGUCUCUACUUUAUCACAAUCAUUUGCACAAUAUUCUGCUGCCAUCAUUCAAUUUCCUGCUACUGAUGGAGCCCUUUUGAGAUCUGGUUUGGAUUCUGCUUGCCUUUACUUCCAACAAAAGGCUGCAUACCCAUCUGCAGACAUGAUUCAGACAAAUGAUUCUCGUGAGUGGUGCAAAACAUCUGGUUACUAUGCUGAUCCCCAACUAUGGCAGGAAACUUAUGAUUACAGACCAGGCCUAACUCCUCCAGAGCCCAGCAAUGGAAUCGAGUUUCCUCCGGCUGGUUUGCCUGACAUAUUUGGCUUGCUUGGCAGGGCAGCUCGAGAUGUACUGGAUGCAAUCAGCUAUUACUUGACCUUGCGAAGCUGUCCCUUUACUGAAGUACUUGAUAAUGUACCCUUAAGAAGCCGCGAAAUAUCUUCUUCAGUAUUAUCUGUGUGCUGUCAUGGCAGGCCUUCUUUUCAGGGAGCACAACACCACAAUUUAACAACACAGGAUGAUGGCCAAUUGAUCAUGUUCCCUGACCAUGAGCACCCGGUUGAUAAAAGCUUAAUAUCUGUUGUAAAAUCAGAUAAGGCGGGUUUACAUGUAAGAGAUUUUCAUGGCCGGUGGAUUCUUGUAGAUGGGGACCUUGGUCCACAAGAAGCAGUUGUUUAUCCUGGACUCGCACUUUAUCAAGCUACUGCAGGUUAUGUCAAUCCAGCACUGCACAGGACAGAGAUUAAUAAUAUUCCAGGUAACUCGUAUGGACGAUGCUCUUUGGCUUUCAAACUCAUGCCCAAAUCUAUGACCAGUCUCAGUUGCUCAGAGAUGAGAGCUGCUGGUCAUGGGGUUGAAGCUCAGUUCCAGCUUCCAGUACCAGUGGAUGACUUCAUGCAGAGAUCUCACCCAACUGAUCAGCUCUUUAAUAGAAAUACUUUCCAGAGUUACAAUUUCCCCACAACCCAAGAUGGAUCUAUGAAGCCCUUGACUAGAAGAAGGAAGAAUGAUACAAGAUGCAAACCUCUGCCUCCUUCCAAGAGGUUACGGCUUGAGGCACAACGAGUGCUUAAGGAAAGGGUUCAGGAAAUUGCGGAUAAGAAGGGCAUCAAACUAAGGUUUUGUAACCUAAAAGAGUGCGAGAAUCACAUUCAUGCACCAGAUAGCCCUUGUGCCAAUAUUAGAAUGGAAAUUGGGUGGCCACAUGGAGUGCCGUUUGUUCAUCCUCAUGAUCUACCUAAUAAGGCAAAGAUUGGGUUACUUGAAGCAUAUGAACCUGGUUGGACUGCAACUCAUGAUAUGGAAUUAAGCCUAACGGAACCUGGACAGGCCAGUCAACAGUCAGCAAACUGUAACUUGACAUGGUUCAACCAUGUUCAUGGACUAUAAAGCUUUUAUGUUAUUGAAGUAGUGGCAUUGUUGGGUGAUUUCAUUCUGGAAUCACCAUGAACAUGUUCCUGAUUGUUUUGCAAGAUCUCAACUUGGUGGGUUCUUGUCCUUUAUUCUACCUUCAGUUCAGGACAUGAGCUGUUCUGCUGAAAUCCCAUCUCUUCCUGAUUUGAGUUGCACUUACACUGGACAAUUCUCACAGAAGGCAAAGCCACUACACGUCUGCAAAAAUCAGUAUGGAGUUCCAAUGCAACCAGCAUGAGCUGUUUUGCCAAAAUCACAUCCCUUCAUAAACUGAAAUGGAUUUCACUGUUCAAUUAUCAAACAAGACACAAGUGACUAUACUUGUCUGUAAUCGAAAGAAUACAUUGUCUGUGAAUGGUUCGAUUUUAGGAAAAUUCACUCUUUGGUCUUAAGGUUCUUUCUUGGUCAUUUUUCUUUGGUUUUUGAAGUUAUCCAUGUUUCAUUUUUCAUUUUGUAGAGAAGAUACGGAGAUAUAACGGGCAGAGG